AUGGCCGCCGCGCAAGCCGAGCCCGAGAUCAUCCUUUACGACCUGGCCUGCAUCAAGAACGUCUGCUUUUCGCCUGUUGUCUGGCGAAUCCGCCUCAUGCUCAACUACAAGCAGAUCCCUUACAAGACCGUCUUCCUCGAGUUCCCGGACAUCGAACCCACGCUGAAAGAGCUGGGUAUUUCGCUAUCGGGAUCUCAGACCAAAUAUACCGUCCCGGCAAUCCACCACGUCCCGAGCAAGACAUACUUGAUGGAAUCGGCGGUCAUCGCGCAAUUCCUCGAGUCGACAUACCCGGACCCGCCGGUGCCUUUGACGUCGGAGCUAGGGCGCGAAAUCGAAGCAAAAGCACGCAGUGUGAGCGGCGCCGUGUUCCGCGCGUCGACGCUGCCGCGCGAGAUCAACAUCCUGUCGCCGCGCGCGCAGGAAUAUUUCAGACGCACGCGCGAGGCCUCGCUCGGCCACCGCCUCGAGGACCUGCUUGACGACCCGGCCAAGGAGGACGCGGCCUGGUCCGCGGCGAGCGAGGGCUUGCGCGCUGUCGGCGAGCUGAUGCAGACGCACAAGGCCGAGGGCCCCUUCGUGCUGGGCGCCCGGCCGAGCUACACCGACUUCUUCAUCGCAGGGUCCUUGCAGAGCGCGAGGGUGGUGGAUGAAGGUGUGUUUCAGCGGUACAUGAAGUAUUCGGGCCGCACGGAAGUUUAUGAGGCGUGUCUGCCCUAUAUGGAGAAGAAGGAUUGA